AUGGAGCUCUCAUACUUCGCACUCGAGGUCUGGAUCAAAUAUGGGAUUGCUGUUCCGAUCAUGCUGGCACGUUUUGCGUUGCGACUGCACACACCAGGCUGGCGCAACUUUGACGGCACGGACAUCUGGUGUGCUCUGUCAACGAUACUCUAUACUAUCGUGACGACAUGCGACUACUUGAUGAGCACACCCGACUUUCCCACAAUUAUCCCCCUGAAUGCGGAGACAGCCCUCGAAGUGCCCAAAAGCGAGUACGCUGCCUUGGAGAAGGGGUCAAUGUUGGCGCACUUCUCGUGGACAAUGUACCUGUGUAUGAUCUUUGCGUUCAAGGGUGUGAUGCUAUCGUUGCUUCGACGCGUUACGAAAGACAUCGACAGCCAGCAGAGAAUUGUGCUCUGGAUAAUUGUCGGCACGCUUGUUGCUUGCAUUGUUUCGGUGCUGGUCCAUCUGCUCGCGUGCGUGCCUGUCCAUAGAGUGUGGCAGGUCACCCCCUUUCCGGGACCGGGGUGUACCACGCGACCUCUCAACUACUAUAUCGGGGGCACUCUUAAUAUGUUGACCGACGCUGCCAUUAUUGCUGUCCCGAUGCCAAUGCUGUGGAAUCUCCGCAUCACACUUCGAAGAAAGCUUGCGCUCGGCUGCCUCUUCAGCUCUGGUCUCUUGGUCAUCGUAUGUACCAUUUUACGAACGUACUACGUUUUUGGCGACGCGGCGAACCAGCACCUGGCACAACUCUGGGCCAGCCGCGAAGGCUUCAUCUCCAUGAUCGUCGUCUCAGCGCCUGGGCUCUGGCCCUUUGUUCGCAAGGUGUAUAGUCUUGGCUCCACAUACAAGAACACACUCGAGGGUUCGGGAAGCGCAAGAGCGGGAGGGACAUCAAAUCCGUGGGCGCAGCCUCGCGCUCGCCUUGGGCACCACAACAGUGGCUUUGGCGAGUUUGAUGAUGACGAUGAAGACGUACCCACGGUCGCGAUGGUGUACUACUACAGCUCCAGCGUAGUCGAGCCGUCGGGCUUUAUUUACGUCGGCAAAGACAAGUACGAGAAUGAGGACCUCAUCAAGUACGGCUGGGAAGAGGACGUCUGUGCCCAUAUCUACCUCCGCAUGAAAGAAGGCGAGACAUGGGACAACCUCCCACAGGAUCUGCUUGUUGAUCUCGCCCAGCUCACCAAGGCGAAUUCCAUAGAAGGCAACAAGAAGGACAACAUCGCCAUCAUCUAUACGCCUUGGUCCAACCUCAAGAAGGAUGGCUCCAUGGACGUGGGGCAAGUGAGCUUCAAGGACCAGCGCAAGGUCAAGCGUAUCCUCGUUCCGCAACGGGAGAACCACAUCGUCAACCGCCUCAACAAGACCAAGGUGGAGAGGAAGCCGGAUCUGCAGCAGGAGCGCGAGGACCGUCUCAAGGAGAUUCGCAGACGCGAUCAGGCCGCAUACCAGGCACGCAAGAAAGAGGAGGCCAAGCAGGCAAAGGAAUGGCAGGAGAAGAAAUACCAAAAGGACCAUGCGUACGAUGAGCUGUUCACAGAGGAGAAUAUGGAGGCGACGAGUAACCAGAACAGAACCGAGGACUGGGAGGAUGACUUUAUGUGA